UAGGUUAAAAGUCAUUUUUUCAGAUUCAGAUAAGGCUUAUGUUUAUUUGUGUGUUUAUUUACAAUAUAUAUACAUAUAUAUCAAGAAUUUUAUCUAUCUCUGCUUAUUCAUUACAUCCUAUCCGCGCGUUCUCUAAUCGCUGGAGUUUCCCCAGUAUAGGGUAUACUUACCCGUAUAAAAACUUAAAACAAAAAUCAAAUAUACACUCCUCUUGCGAUAAAGCCGAAGCCAGAAUUGGGUUAAGAGUCAUUGUUUUCAGAUUCAGAUAAGUUGACCAAUCGUAAUAACCAAAUGGUACAGGGAGCUGACAACAGUCUAAAGACCUGCGUUAUAACUUAAUACCGCGUGUACUGCUUUCAAGUGUAACCGUUGACAUUAGUUUCGAGUAUCUCGAACUUUUCCCAUUCGGGCCUACGAGAGCCAUCAUUUUUUGGGGAGACUCUUCCGCCGAAGAUUCUAUUCUCAUCAAAUGAAAAAAUCUAGAAUUGCAAGUGAUUUCUAGCAAGUUGUAUGCUUCCACAUUGGCUCGUUCGAAUGACGUGCUUCACGAUAAUUCAUUCGAGUUCAUGAUCAGGGACGCUUCCGACUCGAAAUAUUUAAACAAAUACCACAUCGACGCCGAUGGAAAAUUCCUUUCCAGGCUGGAAAGAGAUCUUUUUAUCCGGUCUUCACCGGUUCGGAAAUGACAAGUUAUUUGUAUACAAGAGUUUCGGCGAGGGUUUCUAUACUCGCAUAAGCGUGCAACGGUAAGCUUUGAAAAGUUAUAAUACAGUGUUGGUAAGUUCAAAAUUCAAAUUUUUACAGGUUCUGAGAUACUACUUACACAGGUAUCCACGGCUAGUACUUCCAGUCCCAGGCAAGACAUAUCGAGCACGUUAACACCAAGUUAAACAUGACGUUCAAUUUUAACUUCGAGGUGCGAAUCGCUUCAGCUUUUAAUUUUUGAUAAAAUUGACCAUUCCGAUCUAGAAAUGCUAAAAGUAUCGGGCGAUCAAAAAGUUAUCAGAGCUGUAACGAAAAUAGAACGUAAUGACUGCCGUGGAUCAACAAUGGUACAAUUAGUUGAAAACGACGCAAAGGAAUAUUGCUUUGCCGUUUUGCGUAGAGAUUUGAUCCGAAAGUACGGCGAUGUUUCUACUCUCCCUGGAAUUAUGGUAAUCAUUUUGUGGAAGUCGUGGUCCACUGUUAUACUGAUGAUGAUUUUACUACCGAUUACUCACUCGUAAAAGUUAUUCUAUAAUAUACCGAUAAUCUUGUAGUAUUUAGUUUUAUUUGUUGGAUUGAUAAUAAAUUUGUUUUUUCUUUGCUUCACGCGCGCUCUGUAAUCACUGGGAUUUCCCCGAAUCGGCGGAACCUGCGAUUAUUAUAUAUCAUUCGAGACAACUUAAUUAAUGCUUUCCAAAACAUUUCCAAAAACCUAUAGCUGCAAAUAAUCCAAAUGAUAAGCAGAUAUAUAAGUGCGUUCAGCACAUAAUUAAGGAAUGUCCGAUAAUAAGCUUCGUAUACUACUUGCGAAAUUUCCUGCAUCUAUAUCACGAGUAAAUAAUCGUCCCGAAUUCGCUGUUAAACGUAUAUAGGGAUGAAUUUGCGAAAACCGAAACAGCUGGCAUUGCGUCCACGAAAGCUCUCCAAGCUUAAUUCAUAUACCAGCUCGCUCGCGUCUCUGCAGAGUAGCAAAAGGGAACUGAAAGCUAUAGAGAGUAGACGAACAGCCGCGUCGAGGCUCGUACCAGCAGCAGCAUAUUCGUCCUUAUGAAUAAUGCAGAACAAAAAGCAGCCAGUUAAUAACAGGGUUCGAAGUUGCGUUUCGUACUUUGUUUUCCCCUCCACGCGUUAUCGGCAUCUACCUUUCACACCAUCUUCUUCUCCGCCACGCCGUUAGUCUGUGCGACGUGCUGCAGUUAUACGAGUUAUCGUCGAAUCGCCAAUAGAGGAUGGCUGUUGUAUUAUAUUCUGCGUCGAUGUAAAAUCUGCGCCUUCGGUCUGAAUCGGCUGAGCCUCUAGUAGCACAAGCUGCGACUGCAAACACCUCCGCAUCCCGUUCAUGCUCAUCUGGGUGCUGAUCUUGGUCCUGCGCUGACGCAGCUCUACCAUCGAAUUCCCCUGGUCGUCGACAACCUCACGACCAGCUGCGCCGCGCUCACCUCGACCAUCAAGCUCUUCCUGCUCUGGAACAGCCGACAAGGUGACGAUCGCUCAUAGAAACAGCGUUUCAGCCGAUAAUCCACACCGCCGGCCUCGACUGGUCGCGGCUGAAGACUACCCGGGAGCAGGAGACGAUGAUCCGACAGGCGCGUCGGGCACGGCUCUUAGCGAUCAUCGGCUACGCCAUCAUGUUCGUAUCUGCGUAGUAGUAGGCUUCCUCCUUACGCGUCAUCAACAACAUCACCGACGUCGCCUCGGACAGGUUCUUACCGCUGCAGACGUGCAGACCCCUUCGAGACUAGCAGGUCGUCUUACUUCGAGCUGACCUACGCGACGCAACUGGUGGCCGGCAGUUUCGUCGGGUUUUCCAUCUCGGUGCCGGACAAUUUCUUCGGAGCUCUGGUCUUUCGCGCGAGUGCCCAGUGCGAGAUUCUCGGUGAGAAGAUGAAGGGGCUGCUGGACGGGCAGGUCGACGGGAGGAUGUUGUUCCGACAGAGGCUCGGGAGACUGGUCGACACUCACGUGCAUCUGCUUCGUUAUCGAUCCCCGUGUGUUCGUUUGCGUCGAUCGAUGGUGAGAAAGAAAUUGUCACGUUGAUCCUGACGCAAGUGCUCUGCCUGUCGCUGCGGAUCGUUUGCUGCCUGGGAUUUGGCGUCAUACGCAGGUACAGGCCUUGUUCCGACACAGUAUACACUUAAAAAAAUUGGCGUUUACUACGUUAUGCAUCGAUUGCAGUCGAUAGCGAGCGACGAUAACGAGAGUCCGCCCAUCGUGCAUGAGAUUCUCGCGGAACACGCGAGUCUUCGAUACUACGCCUGAUUAUUUCGUAUAAAUAACUGGACCUUUGAAAUUUCCGAGUUUGCUACUCCUCGCCGGCUUCAUACGCGAGAGAUUUGAUUCCCAUAAUGGUCAGGUCGAACGUUCCCGUGCAACUAACCGCUGGGAAAUUUUUCGCCCUCUCGCUCAAUGCCUAUGCCUGAUGGUAAAUUUUAUAAGAUAUAGAUUUGUCUCGCCUUCUCGAAAAAUUCUGAAUCUCAUCGCAGAUAUUGAAAACCUCCGCUGGCUACAUCUCCAUGCUCCUGGCUGCGUCAGUGGUGAAUAAACACGUAGAUAGAUUAGCCGAAAGUGCUUAUUGCGACGUGUUGUUCUAUAGAAAUAGAUGACGUAGUAUAACAAAAAACUCAAUCAACUGCGUUUCGCAUAUCGCGACGUUGUACAAACGACCCGCUUAUAUACUUUCAAUUACCCUCAGCGCCGAUCGUUCCCAGCGUCUACUAAGUAUACUGUAACAGCGGCAAAGCUCGUCUACCGUAUAUAUUACCACAUUAUUCUCGGGAGAAAAAAAGUGCGAAGAAGGCGCGCGCGCGAGCGCGCGUUAAGAAAAUUACCGUCACGCGAUAAACUUGCCGCGUACAAUCUUUGCUUCAAUUAUUCACGAACUGCGCGAAAGGCUGCAAAGCCCAAAGCCCUUCAGUAUUCGCUUUUACUGCAGUCUAUCGAAAGAUACGGCCGUCGUGAGUUGGGCGUAAAAGCGAUCGUUUGGAUUUUCGCGCGAAUUUCGCAUCUAUACGCGCUGUAUAUGCCGGAGAGUAAUGAGCGACAAGAUCGAAGAUGCGCAAAAGAAGCUCGAGACGCGCGAGCAGCGUCUCAGAGGUAAAACGAGAGUUUUUACAAGCCCGCUAUGACGGAGUAAUUGAAAAACUAUACGCUCUGACAGAUUUCAAGUGGGCCCUGGGCCUUAACCGGCUGAGUCUCCGGCUGAUGGGCGUCUGGCCGGGCGACGAUGAGGCCGAGGGUCUUGGACGUCUGGCGAUUCUCUUGCGGGUGCCCUUCAUGAUCGCGGCCAUGUUCUUCUGUCUCUUCCUGCCGCAGAUGGGCGCGCUGGCCCUGGUCAUCCACGAGCUGCCGCUGGUAAUCGACAACCUCAUGACCAGCUGUGCCGCUUUCACUUGCUGCAUCAAGCUCUACUUCGUCUGGCGAAGCAAACAGGUGCUGCGUCCGGUGAUCCAGUCGGUGAGCGCCGACUGGCUCCGGCCGAAGCUCGACUGGGAGCGCGAGGCGAUGAUCCGCGAGGCCUCUCGGGCCCGAAUCUUCACCGUCAGCGGCUACGCCGUCCUCGCCGGCUGCUACACUGGCUUCGCCUUCGCGCCGCUCUUCGGCUUCGACAUCCGCAUGAUCUCCAACAUCACCGACUACGGCGAGAAGCACCUGCUGGUCCAGUCCUACUUCCCCUACGACUACUCCAAGAGCCCGAACUACGAGAUCACCCAGGUCAGUCAGCUCAUCGCCGGCUUCUUCAUCGGCAUGUCCGUCUCCGUUCCGGACAACUACUUCGGCGCUCUGCUCUUUCACGCGAGCGCCCAGUUCGAGAUUCUCGGCGCGAAUCUCGAGAAUCUCGUCAGGCAGGAUGAUAAGGCGCUCAGGAGCAGGCAGUUCAAUCGGAGGUUCGGGAUCUUCGUCGAUCGACACGUGCACCUCAUGACGAUGGUCACGGCCGUCGAGUACUCCUUCAGCUUCGUCAUCAUGGCCCAGAUAUUCUGCAUGUCGAUAAUGGUCUGCAGUUUGGGCUUCCAAAUCCUCGGUAUGAUCGAAGGCACGACGGCGGACAAGCCCUCGCUCCUGCAGGUAUUGACGCUGCUCGGCACUCUGUUCACCCUCAUGAUGCACACCCUCGUCGACUGUUUCGCCUGCGAGACCCUCGAACUGCGAGUCGAGCGCCGGGAUAUUCGAGAACGUCUACAACAGCAGGUGGUACACGGUGCCGAAGCAGAGCGUGGCGAAGGACGUGAUACCGAUGAUGGUCGUGUCGAAAAAUCCGCGGAAACUCACGGCCGGGAAGAUUUUCACCCUGUCGCUGGCGACUUACUGUAGUAUUUUGAAGUCCACGGCGGGAUACAUUUCCAUGCUCAUUGCUGUGAAUAGACGAUGAGUAACGAUAGCUUCCUAUGAUCGAAACAUAAAGAGAAUCUAUAUAAAUUAUUAUACAUUUACACGACAUGAUAAAAGAAUAUAUAUAUAUAUAUAUAUAUAUUUAUGUCUCGCAGGAAAUCGUCGUGGGGAUUCAUUGAUUUAUUCGCGGUCCCAUAUACCUCUCAUCGUUGUAACGCACGAUGUUUCGCAUGAAUAUAACCGAAUAACAAAAGAUAAAAGUUUGCAGAAAGGAAAGUUUUUUCCCGCUAGAAGUCUCGCAGUCCAAGUGCUCCAUCACAUCGAUUUCCACCGAUGCAUUGUCGCAAUAAAUCCCACAACGCGAGGAAAAAUAAAAGUUUUUUUACCCCUAGACACGUCCGCGCGACAACUGCAAACUUUUAUUCGCGAAUCGCGAUGUAGCCGUUAUAAUACGCCAUCGACGACUACGAUACUCGCGGACACGUAACACCGAUGGAUGUAGAAAAAAAAAAAAAAAAAAAA